GAAAACCCCCACUUUAUUCGCAUCCAUGAACACUUCCUGUAAAAAAAACAAUCACUCUCUCCCGAUUGGUCGAAUUUAAAAAUAUAGACCGCGACAGUUUGGGCUGAAGAAGGAUUUCUGAUGCGAUCAAUAUUUUGGGAAUCAGUUCUGUCACGAGGAUGGAAUCGUGUUUUUACAACAAAUUGGAAAGCGUGGAGCGGGACGUUAACUUCGACGACUUGAAGAAAGACCUAUUUUCUGAGUUUAAUUCCAUAGACUCACAGGAGUCUUGCCUGGAAGAGCAUGAACACUUGCAGGUGUACCUUCGCAUUCGACCAUUCACAUCAGCUGAGAGUGAAAAUGGCGAAUCACAGGACUGCGUUUCCAUCGAGCUCCCGGACACAGUCCUCCUUAAGGCUCCAAGGACUUCGCUCUCAGCACGGCUCCGUGACAAGUCGGCUCAACGGUUUCAAUUCUCACAGGUCUUAGGGCCAGAAACCACUCAGAGGGAGAUGUUUGACGGCACAGUGAGAGGUCUCGUCAAGGAGGUUCUGGAAGGCGGAAAUUCUCUGGUUUUCACAUAUGGAGUGACAAAUGCGGGAAAGACAUUCACUUUUCUAGGUCCAGAGGCCAACGCAGGGAUCCUCCCCAGGUCUUUGAAUGUCAUCUUCAACAGCAUUGAGGGGCGUGUUUACAACCAGAUGACUAUCAAGCCACAGCGAUGCAGAGAGUUCAUCAGGCUCACUAAAGACCAGCAGAGUGAAGAGGCCACUAACAAGAGAAAUCUCUUCAGGCUCCUCAAGGAGAGUGAUAACCAGAAAAGCUUCACCAACAAGACAACCCUGGAAGGGUCCACACUAAGUGACAUUGAGGGGACUGUGACGGAACAACGUUUCAGUCUGGUUGUUGAAGCACACACCAAGUUCUCCGUCUGGGUGUCCUUCUGUGAAAUCUACAACGAGAACAUUCACGACCUGCUGGAGCCCUUACCGAUCGGAGCCCAGAAGAGAACCACACUGCGGCUGUCGCAGGAUGUCAAAGGCAACUCCUUUGUAAAAGGUCUGAAGUGGGUACAAGUGAACGAUGCGGAGGAGGCCUACAAGGUGAUGAAGCUAGGGAAGAAGAACCAGAGCUUCGCCAGCACAAAGCUCAACCUCCUAUCGAGCAGGAGCCACAGCAUAUUUUCUGUUCGUAUCCUGCGGAUGGAAGAUGCUAGGAUUCCUCGUGUUAACUCUAUCAGCGAGCUGUCCCUGUGUGACCUGGCUGGGUCUGAGAGGUGUGCUAAAACUCAGAAUAAAGGGGAGCGUUUGAAAGAGGCUGGGAACAUCAACACUUCCCUGAUGACACUGGGCAAGUGCAUCAACACAUUACGGCAAAGCCAGCAAUCCAAGCUACCACAGCACGUCCCCUUCAGGGAGAGCAAGCUGACCCACUACCUACAGGGUUUCUUCUGUGGGCGGGGCAAGGCCUGCAUGAUAGUCAACGUCAACCAGUGUGCCUCCAUGUAUGACGAGACGCUCAACGUGCUUAAGUUCUCCGCCGUGGCUCAGAAGGUAGUGGUGCUGACCACCAAGACCGUCCCCCACCUCGUCAACAAGAGGUCAGCCCGGGAACUGUCCAUGAUUAUCAACAACGCAGACAGGAAGUACCUGUUGGGUCAGAAGAGAAGGAGCUCCCUGGUUGGCUGGGAGACCAGUCUGGAGGACGUGCAGGAGCAUGACGACACAGAGGAGGAAGAGGAGAGCGUGAUGGAGACCAUGCAGGAAGUGGACGAUGACGAAAUGGUUCUCAUCAAUAAAGACAUUUAUGAGAGCCAGCUACUCCAGUUGACGGAGCUCCGGGAACAGCUCCAGAAAGAGAGGUCUGAAAACGUUGCUUUGGAAUCCCGGGUCCGUGACGAGGUCACCAAUGAGUUCUCGGAGUUCUUCUCUGAAAUGCAGACCGAUUACAAGGAGCGUCUGGCCAAAGAGGAGAAGAAUGUCGAGGAGAGAGCAGAGAAGCAUCUAGAGAUCCUGACAAAUCUAGUGAACAUUAACACCAGUCAAGAGGAGUUGGACAGAGUAGAGCGAGCCACAGAGGACAGCUCGUCAUUGGGAGGGAUGUUUGACUCCAUGUGCAGUGACCUGGCAGGCAUAAAGAAGGCGGCUGAGGAGGCCAAGACAUGUCUGGUGGUCACCCAACCCAGUAGUGAAACUAUCUCCAAUCUGGAGAAGAGAGUGGAUGAUCUCUCGGCGCUGCUGAGCCAAGCCCAGGAGCAGCUCGCUGUCAAAACCAAUGAACUAGAACAUUAUUGCAGACAAGCACAGCAAUCGAACGAACAGCUUGAAGAGGCUAGGAAGACUCUCGAGUCUCAGGAGCUGAAAUUCUCCCACCUCCUGGAGAUGUGUCAUGAGAAGGAUGAGAUGAUCACCAGGCUUCAGCACACUGUAGACCAACAGGUCCAAGCCAUGAUCAAAGAUAAGACUAAAUUUGACGGCAUCAAGGAUGAGAUCCUGCAACUGAAGAGCAGCUGGACUUGCUCCAGAGGGGAGAGGCCCAGCUCUCGCGCAGAGAGCCGCAAACGGCUGGUGGACCUCCAGGCCAACCUGGAGGACCAGCCCCCCAGCAAGAAAGGGUUCCUGGGGAGAGGAGAGGCCCGACAGCAGAUCUCAGAACAGCAGCUGGAGGUGCUAAAAGAGAAUCUGGCCCCACAGAAACUGAACUUGGCGCAGCUCAGGGCAGAAAUGAAGGCUGAAGCCAUGGCCCACCUCGACAGCGAGAACUCUGUAGCUGAGGUCGUGACCUUGAAGGGAAAGAUGGCUGCAUUGGAGGAGAAGCAGUACACCCACCAAAAGGAGAGGGAGUCGGCCAUAACCGUGUCACAGUUGUGUAACGACGAGCUCAUGUCCCAAACGAAGAGAGUAGCAGAGUUGGAGAAGACACUGUUUGAGAAAGAGGUGCAGGUGUCAGGCCUGCAGAGAAGCCUGAGGGAGGCGCAGGAGAUGCGGGAGGAUGAGACCGCUACGGUGCAGGAGGCUCGUAAGAGGGAGGUGGAGAGGAGGAGGGAGUUGCUGGCUGUGGCUGAAGAGGCCAUCACUCAGAAGAAUGCUGAGCUGGAGAGGAGAGAGCAGGUCAUCACCAGAUUGAAGGAGACGGCUAAACUUGACUCCGACAAAGUGAAGAGUUUGAGCUUGGACCUUGAGAGGAAAGACGAUGACACUUCUGAUCUCAAAGAGAAGCUGUUCGACUCAAAAAAACAGAUGCAGCAAGUUCAAAUGGAGAUCAUUUCCAUGCGAGAAGAGGAGAAAUCUCUCAAACUAAAACUGCAGGACUUGGAGAAAGUGAAGAAACGGCAGCAGGCAGACUUGGCUAAUAAAGACAGGACCAUACAGCAACUGAAAACGGAACAGUCUGCUGACGAGAACCUCAAGCUUUGUCCGAACAUCUGUAAAGACCUUCAGGCUAAGGAGCGUAUGCUGGAGGACAUGCGUCUGGCUCUGAUUGAACAGGAGGAUACCCAGACCCAACAGGAGCAGGUGUUAGAGGCCAAACUGGAUGAGAUUGACGCCCUCACUGAAGAGGUGGAUAAACUGAAAGGACUGUUACGCUACCAAGACAGUGGAAAAGACACUGGAGCCCUGAGAGACAGCCAAUCGGACGAGGCCAAGCUAGCCAUACAGGACGCAGUUCAGGCUCAAGUGACCUUGAAGCUGUGUACUGAGAAACAUCAAGCUGACAGGAGGAAGUGGCUUGAAGAGAAGACUGUUCUGAUCCGGCUGGCCAAGGAGGCCGAGGAUAAGAGGAACCAGGAGAUGAGGAAGUUUGCAGACGGCCGCAAGCGUCACGCCAAACAGCAAACCCAAGUGGAAGGUCUGGUGGCCCAGCUCACUGAGAAGGAGCAGGACCUAGUGAAGUGGAGGAAAGAGAGGGACUCCCUGGUGACAGCUCUGGAGGUCCAGCUAACCAAACUCCUCUCCAGCAUCGCAGACAAGGAUGAACAGAUAGCCAGUCUCCGCUGCCAUGCCUCCUCUCAGCCAGCAGAGAGGGACCAUGGCCAGGUGGAGGUAGAGGAGCUGCAAGGCCUUCUGUCUGACAGAGACACUGAGAUUCUUAACCUGAAGGAACAACUGAAAACUGCAUCCAAAGCCAGCAGCGACGUCUCAGCCCCUACUAAACACAGAGAGACAGCCAAUCAGACUAAAGCAGAGGAGUGCCUUCCCAAAGUCCGUGACAGGACUCUCCAUGACAACGGUCAACUAGUACACGGCGUAAAGGCGUUGAAGAGGACCAGUCAGGGGUCUGGGGGCGACCCAUCGGUGCUCGACUCCUCAGAGAUCUCCACAGAAGGAGGCAGGACCAGCCGCUUCCCCAAGCCUGAGCUUGAGAUCUCCUUCAGCCCGCUGCAGCCCAACAGGAUGGUCCUGAAACGCCAGGGAGAGGCUGUGGUCAACGUCAAAAUCACCCGCAAGAGGAAGAGCGCUGAGAUUGACAAGAAGAGCGGAUGGCGCAGUCCAGCUAAAAGGAGAGCAACGCAUGAACUCCCAUCUCAGUCUCCUAACUCUCAUCUCUGCGCUGGUGUUUCUCAGGAUGCGGUGCACAAGGAGAACCAUAGAAACCCCAGAACCAGACUGGCUCCUAAACUGGCUGUGCAUCAAGAGGUGCCAUCUCCGGCCAGGGGCAGUAAAGACCCGGGAUCCAUAAGGCCCCAGGACUCCCAGUCCAGCUUGCAUAGCAGGAAAGAAGGAACGAUGCAGAAGAUCGGAGUCUUCGGUAGCAAGGCUAAAAAGAUAAUGGGAUUGGUGAGCGGGAAAUCCCCUGAGACGGAAAGGGGGUCGUCCAUGAGCGUUAGACCCAUGAAGUCCAAGUGGAAGCUGUACAGACCAGAGAUCUCCUCCCUGAUAGACUUCUCCUCCCACCCGGUGAGAACCCACAGCCAGCUGCACAUCCCUUUGAUUAGGCCUGGGCAAUAUGGCCAAAAUCAUCAGUGGAGUUCCAGACGAGAAAGAGAGUGACCAUCUCAUCGUCAAGAGAGAACUCCGGACUGAAGUCAAAGACGCUGCUCUUAAUGGUACAGGGUAAUGAAUGAAUUGAUUUUUUAAUGAAGGACAUCUUGAGGUUUCCAGAAGUCGUGUAUUUUCUGAAAUCACUUCCUCUUAGCUGCCUGUUUUCUUUCAUAUAGUCUUCAUUUAGCACUUCAUUCUAUUUUAUUUCUACGUAUUUAACGUUGCACAUAUGAUUAUUUCUCUCCAUUGUGUGCUAUGUAUAAUAUGAUUUAACAGAAUAUAAUCAAGUAUUUUUAUUCUCAGUCCAGAACAUCAUCGUGGUAAUGCAGUAAUCUGAAGAUUUAGUAUAGUACUUUAUAAAAACACAGUAUAGUACUUUACUGUGAUCAUCUCAACGAUGUUCAUGUAAAAACACAGUAUAUUACUUUACUGUGAUCAUCUCAACGAUGUUCACGUAAAAACACAGAGUACUUUACUGUGAUCAUCUCAAUGAUAUUCAUGUAAAAACACAGUAUAGUACUUUAUUGUGAUCAUCUCAACAAUGUUCAUGUAAAAACACAGUAUAGUACUUUUAUAAAAACACAGUAUAAUACUUUACUGUGAUCAUCUCAAUGAUGUUCAUGUAAAAACACAAUAUAGUACUUUUAAAAAAAAGUUUAAAAAAAGAUCUGUAUGCUGAUGACACAAUUAUUCAUUUAUGCGUAUCUAAUAUUCAGAAGGCUUUUCAGGACUUACAGUACAGACUUACAGGCUUUUGAUGUUAUUCAAAGGCAGCUUUUCCAAUUGAAACUUAAUGCAAGGAAAACAAAAUGUAUGGUUUUCUCUUCCCUGAAAGUAAACAGAUGGAGUCACUUGCAGAUUUUAACUAUAAAAUUCCAGCAAAUUGAUAGGGUCAUCUCCUAUAAGUAUCUUGGGAUUUAGUAAAGUACUUUAUUGGGAUCAUCACAACAAUGUUCAUGUAAAAAAACACUAGUUUAUUUUUGUGGAGCAGAAUGAAUAUCUCACUAGGGACAACCACUACCAAGUCCUAUUUGUGUUGAUAAUGCAUGGUGUAACAUAGAUAUAGGGCCCUAUUCAAUCAGCUCUGCUACUCAGCGUAGUAUCUGGGAUAAGACGGAACACCAUCACAAGCUGCUCUUUUGGUUUAACUCAGGAAACCUUCUUUUAUUUACUAAAUGAAUCUAAAUGUUUUUCCCAGUCUCCUUUUCAAUACCACUGCUAACAUAUACCAAGGUGGUUUAAUAAAACAGGUACUAUUCCUUUGUAAUACUGUACUGCUAACAUAUACCAAGGUGGUUGAAGAAAACACUACUAUUCCUUUAAUAGUAAAACACUACUAUUCCUUUGUAAUACUGUACUGCUAUCAUAUACCAAGGUGGUUGAAGAAAACACUACUAUUCCUUUGUAAUACUGUACUGCUAACAUAUACCAAGGUGGUUUAAUAAAACACUACUAUUCCUUUGUAAUACUGUACUGCUAACAUAUACCCAGGUGGUUUAAUAAAACACUACUAUUCCUUUGUAAUACUGUACUGCUAACAUAUACCCAGGUGGUUUAAUAAAACACUACUAUUCCUUUGUAAUACUGUACUGCUAACAUAUACCAAGGUGGUUUAAUAAAACACUACUAUUCCUUUGUAAUACUGUACUGCUAACAUAUACCCAAGUGGUUUAAUAAAACACUAUAACCUGG